UGUGAGUGUGCCGCUCCCGCUCUUGCUCUGUCUACACAGUCACAUCUGCUUCGAAGCUACCGUUGGAGAAUUUCCUUACCGGCGCAAAGCCAGUCAUGGGAGGCGGCGAGGACUACCUGCCGUACCGUGGCGGCCGGCACGGCGAGCAUCGAGGAGCAGGCACGGACGGUUCCAUGCGGAAAGGGCGGCCAGAGGCUCGGCAUAGAUGCGCACAAGAGCAACACGAGCCGCGGCAAAACCACGACCAAGGCAGAAAUAAUCCCCUGCGACAGGCAGACUUCGUGGAAGCAGCGCGUGCGGGACUGGAUGAGUGGCGCGUGCCGGGGAUAUCCAUCGCGGUGAUCGACGGCAGCGCCAGCAUUUAUGCCGGAAGCGACUGUACGGGGGGUGGCGGGUAUGAGAUAUGGGCCGAGGGCUUUGGAUACGCCGCACUUCCGAAGCGGUGCGUUGCUCCCUCUUCCAGACCGGCAGCCUCACAGAACGGGGAGCGGACGGAGCACGGAGCACGGCAUGUGAAGCAGACGCGGGGUGAGGAUGUCGGCUCCCCGGCCACCGCCGAGACGUUGUACUACACGGGUAGCACGACGAAGGCGUUCACCGCGGCGGUGUUGGGCCAGAUUAUACACCCCGAUGCAGCAGGGGAAAAGUCGGGCACGGAGGCGGCGGCGGCGGCGUCGGCAUCGGCAUCGGCACCAGCAACGUACUCGGCCAAGUUCCCAAAGGGCUUUCGCACGCCAGUGUCGGAGGUCAUCCGGGACGAUUUCGUGCUCUCGGACGAGUGGGCGACGGCUCACGUCACUUUCGAAGACGCUCUGAGUCAUCGCACAGGGCUUGCGAGGCACGACAAGGCGUUGGCAGAGUGGUAUCCGCCGGCCACCUCCGCCACCACCGACAACAACAGCAGCAACAGAAACAGAGAUGAUAGCAAUGAUGAUGUCCACUGCAAUGGAGAGAAAGGGCAAGAACGAAAACACCGCGGAAAUGUCCGGGACUACACCCGACUCCUGCGCUAUCUGCCGCUCGUGCAGGAACCUCGCGUCACGUUCCGCUACUGCAAUCUCAUGUUCCUCGCGGUGUCACGGGCGCUCGAGGUCGUCACCGGCCGCUGGCUGGGAGACGUCAUGAGGGAUUGGAUAUGGGAGCCUCUGGGCAUGCAGAGUACAUACUUCAGUUUGCAGGACGCGCAGCGGGCGAGACCCGGGAGCUUGGCGGAAGGGUAUUACUGGGAUUACAUGGCUGCUGCGGGGGGCGAUCACGUUCACGAGGUAGAGAGCAAAGGAGCAGGGGAGCUGCGGAAGGAGAAGAGCUUGUAUCACUACAUCCCCUUUAUGGACCUGUCGGGAGGCAGCGGUGCUGGAGGCAUCGUGUCCAGCGUGGCCGACUACGCGCUCUGGGUGCGGUGUCUUCUACAGGAGAGUGGCCCGCUGAGCGAGGCGUGCCAUCGGGCCAUCACGACACCACGGAUCAUCAUGCAGGCCAAUGUCGACGGCAGCACGGACAAGCAAAAUGGCUAUGACGGCCCCCUUUCCUACGCGCUUGGCUGGUUCGCAGGCACAUACAGGGGCCACCGGGUAUAUGCGCACUCGGGCGGUAUGGAGGCUUAUGGCACCGAGGUGUACUUCUUCCCAGAUCUCAAGUUUGGCGUGGUCACCAUGGCGAAUACGGCCGUCACCGCGAAUUGUCUGGGGGCAGUGUUGGCCUGGAAGUUGAUUGAUGACAAGCUUGAGGUGCCGCAGAAGCAGAGGUUCGAUUGGGCCGGCAGGCGGAAGGCUGGCAUUGCAAAGUCGCUCAAGGCACGAGACACUGCAAUGAACGACUACUUUCCACGUCGCGCGCAACCUCCGCUGCGCACGCCUCUUCCCUUGGAUGCAUAUACCGGUACAUAUCACCACCCAGCGUACCAGAACCUGGUCAUAAUCAAGAACGGGAGCAGAGCCGAGAGAGGGCUCAUGCCGACGAGCGACGCCGCUGCGAGAAGGGAGCUGUACGCCGCACAUCACGACCGGGUGUGGAAGAUGGACUUUGAGUUUGAGCACGUCUCUGGCGAGCACUGGCUCGUCUUUAUCGAGUUUGCACACUCACCAAACAGGCUCAACCAGCAGUUUGCCAAGGCCGAAUUCAAGAUUGGUGCUGCAGGCGACGUUGUGAGCGUCUGCGUCGAAUAUUUGGAAGACGGCGCCGAGGGUGUUAUUGAGUACAAGAAGCUCACGUAGGAGGUCGAUGGACUCGCAGCACAUGAUUGUGCGAGAUGGCAGCACGAUAAUGGAAUGGCAGAUAUACAUAUAUACGCGCAAACGUUUUCUUUCAUUACUAGUAUGGUUCGUGAAGAUGGGAAGAGCUAUGGCAUCCGGGGUAUAGUGAGGUGCCUGGCCUCGCCUUAUGGAAGGAAGGACCAAAUGAAAACUAGAAUGACUGUCAGCAUCCUGCGUCUGUAGCAUGGCAAGUGCGAUAAAAUGAUGGAAAAGUCAUGUGUAAU